AUGACCUUUCAGUGGACGGCAGUGGCUUCCUUUCUUUAUGGCGAAAUAGUAGUUCUAUUAAUCCUUUGUAUCCCAUUUGUUUCUCCAUUAAGAUGGAGAAAGAUAUUCAGAUUUCAGUUAUGGAGUAAAGUAUCCCCAUACUGGAACAAAGCAUUUUUAUCCAUUAUAGUUGUGCUGAUUGUUCUUUUUCUUGAUGCUGUAAGAGAGGUUAGAAAGUACUCUUCAAGUCCAACAAUUGACAAGACGACAAGUGUUCAUCCUAGUUCUUACGAUCACAUCCAUAUGAAGCUGUUCAGAUCUCAGCGGAAUCUGUACAUCUCCGGAUUCUCUCUCUUUCUGUGGCUUGUUCUGCGUCGUGUCGUAUCUCUGAUAAAUCAGCUGGCAUCGGUGAUAGAUGGCAAUGAUGCUUUGCAAACACAAGUAGAGAGGAUUAAUGAAGCUGCCAAAAAGCACAUGGAAGACAAUGAUGAACUAAAAAAGAUUUUGGAAUCAAAUAAAGUUGGCAAAAAUGAAAAGACUAUUAAAGCAGAAAACGAAAAGCUAAAAAAAGAAAUUGAAGAUGGGAAAGGAGAAUUAAAGAGACUGUCAGAAGGUGAGUCAUGUUGGAGGAAAUAUAUAGGUUCUUUCACAUUUUCCAAAAAUAAUGUAAAAAAGUGGAUUUCCAGCUUAUUGUUACCAUAA